GAGACAAACGAAGACGGGCGGACGAGAGCAAAGCAAGCCUUGGAAUUCAUUCUGCUCGCUCUGGAGAGUGGAAGGGGAGCUCCAGGGCUGCGAACGGAUGCCAGCCUGUCUGCCCGCCAAGCGAAACAGAAUUAGCCUAUUACAUUUACGCCGGACGAGGAAACCCUUCUGCGGCGCUUUUUACUCCUUUCUUGAGAAGGGAAGCAUCACGUCGGGCGGCAGACGGUUCCAACGCCCGGAAACUCGCCUCUUCCUGCCUGAACGCAAGACGACCUUCCCGCUGAAGUGCGCAAAGGGCUUCCUGCCCCUUUGACCCACCCGAGCCCGGCAGGUGAUUCGCGGGAGGGGGCGAAGAAGCCGGUUCUGAGCGCGAAGAUUACCCUCGAAGUCCGCGGGGCAGGAAAGUGGAUGCAGCCCACGGGCGGUUUAUCUCCGGCAACUAACUUGGGUAAAUUAAGUCAGUAGGUAGCAAUGCUUUGAUUCGGAUUGCUGAGCAGUGUCGAGGGAAGAACUUGGGAAGAUGAUGGGUAACUCGGAGAGCAUGGAAUCUACCCAACUCGCCCUGCCGAAGCACAUUCUGGACAUUUGGGCCAUUGUCUUAAUCAUCCUGGGUACCAUUGUCAUCAUGACUUUACUAGUAUUGUGCCCAGCAACAACGGUGAUUAUUUAUAGGGUUUGGACACACCCUAUGCAUCAUAAUGGUGCCGAGUGAGACUGGCCUCCUUGUCACUGUUUGGACUCUGCUUUUGAGGAACACAGGCUAAACGCAAUAGGAAAAGCAGCUGGAUUAUCUGGCAGUUUUCAAGAUUAGGUUGAGCCCUGAGCAGGCAUUGGUAAAUUGUCAGCAAAGAUAUGGUAGCAACACAUCUGCUGUCAGCAUGUGAUAAGAAUGCUACAGCUCACAAAAAGUAUCUUCUGAGUGCCUGGUUAUCUAUUUGGCUUAUGUCCACAGAACAUUACAUCCUGGACUUUAUCCCUACUUGUGGAAUGAGCUAAACUGCUACAGAAUUCCAGAUCCUUCCAGUUUAGAUUUCUGGUGUGUGUACUACAUUCAAAAUGAGCCUGUUUUCAUGUUUACUGAGCAAACUAUUCCAAGGGAACAAGAAGAUGGCAGAAUCACAGUGCUGAAGAGGACACCUUUAGUAAAUUUUAAAUAGUGACUGCUUUGCACAAGCAAUUUGCUUUAUCUGAUCCAGACAAUCUUCAUUCCACAACAAAUCAGAUGAGAUGGAGAGCUAGAGGUCUUGGCUGAUAUAUUUGUGGUCCACCUUUUUCCCAGUACCCUCUGUUUGAAGCAGCACCAGUUAAAGAGGAUUAAAAGGUAGAAAUGAGAAGUCAGCAGAUAAGUGACUGGUGGAAAUCAUAUUUGGUAUACUGCAGUUGAACAGUACAUUCAUAAAGGGAGGUUUAGUUUAAAGAAAUUGAAUGAACAUAAUAUAGGGAAAGAGAAGGGAGAGGCUAAGCGUCUAGAAAAAAUAUUUUACUGUCAGAGAUUGGUGUAAGAUGUGACCAUGAGAAAAUAAAAUUUAAAAAAAACUUUUUAUUUGUGAAACUAGAUUUUGUGAUAGGAAGGUCUGUCUCAAAAAAUAUUUUACAGUUAUUGUGCUAUACAAGUAGUAUUACGAUGGAGGAUUUUUGUUAUUAUUUUAGGAGAUUGAUUUCAUCAUCAAACCUUUUAAAAAUAUGUUCUCUUUUUAGUAAUUGGCUUCUUAGAAGUACUACAGUAGCUUCCUUCAAAUGGUUGGAACAAAAUCAUUCAGAUUUCUUGGGGACAGCCAGUCUACACAUUUCAUUUACCUGGCUGAUAGAAUAAUUUGCAUUUUCAAGGAUCAGGCAAUGUAAUGUCUUUUCUCUUUCUCCCAUAGUUAAUAGUGUCAGGAAUGAACACAUUCAAGUCACACUUGUUUUCCAUUCCCUUGUACAGUAGGGCUGGUAGCCUCUCAUCCACAGAGGUUAUUAGUCCUCUAAGAUCUACAGAGAACAUAAACAUUUAGUAGGGAUUUUGGUACAUGCCUUAAAGGAAAUGUUUUGAUAGGUAAAAAAGUACUGCAGUAUUUAAUAAAUGACACAAUCAAUACUCAUAUACAUAUCAACUGACACUGAAUUCAUUUCCAGUCAACAUAACAUGAAAAAAUUGUUAUAUUAAAUUUCAGUAUUGUACAAUGCCGUGUAAUAAACUGUUAUUGGUGCCUGUCUCUGAA